AUGCAGCUCAAAUCAUCAUCUUCUUCUUCAUCAUCAUCAUCCAUGAAACUCAAAACCCUAAUCCAAAACCUCCUCGCUCACCCUCUUUACCGUUUCUUAAGAGCUCUCUCAAGAGCCAAAUCAAUCUUCUUAGAGAUAGCUAAACAUAACAACAACAAGAAACGAAAACUCAUGAUGUUUUUUCCAACAAAAGCUUCAAAAACUCAACGCAAAAUCUUCUUCGGAUCUUUCAGGUUGCAUUACAACUGGUGUUCCUCUGAUGUCGUCCCUGUUCCUCAACCAUUCCAUUUCGACAUGAAUGGUCAAGAAGAUGAUGACUCUCAACUCUCUGGCUAUCUCGAGUGGCUCGAACACAAGAAAGUCGAUUCUGUGGAGGAGAUCAAAGAUGUUGCAGAUGAUUAUGAUGAGGAUAUUGAUCAUUUGGCGGAUAUGUUCAUCGCUAAUUGCCAUGAGAAGUUCUUGCUCGAGAAAGUCGAAUCUUACAGGAAAUUUCAAGAAAUGUUAGAAAGGGGUUUGUGA